AUGUCCAUGGCAGCGAAUUCGAGCCCAAAGCACAGUUAUUACAGACCGUUCAACCGGGCAGUGCCGACUUGUGCUUUCUUGUCGAGGAGUCGGUGGACCUUGUCCUCGACCGUUUGA